AUAGCACCUCUGAAGAACAAUCAAUUUAUAUCUGAAUUUGAGUUUUCAUGUUUGGAAGAUUCUAAAAGAACAAGAAUCCAAUUUUUCACAAUGGGAAAAAAUCCAGGUUUUUUAUUCUUUUUUGCUUUUUUGGUUGCAAUGAAACUGUGUUCGUCAUCACAAGUCCAAGAUGAGAUGAAGAAGCAAUGUGAUCAAAAGCUGCUCAUUAGAAUGAAAACUGAAUGUGUACCUUGCUCUUUAAACCUUGACACCCAGUGCCCUGCUGGUUACACCAAAAUUACCAAUGGGACUGGGAUACCAGACUGCAGGUAUUAUCUGGAAAUUAAAACACACACACUUUCUUUUCCGGGAUGUCGGCAUCAUUGUGUGAAGGAAUUUGAACAACCUGAGUGCUGCCAGGGACACUGGGGCCCAGACUGCAUGACAUGUCCAGGAGGAGCUGCAUCACCAUGCAACAGGAGAGGACAGUGCUCACAGGGUAUAACUGGAAAUGGAACAUGCACUUGUCAGAAAGGGUUUGGUGGGACAGCCUGUGAAAAAUGUGCUGAAGAUAAUUUAUUUGGUCCUGACUGCACAUCAGUUUGCGACUGUGUUCAUGGAGUAUGCAACAGUGGAAUUACAGGGGACGGAAGAUGCACUUGCUUCUCUGGAUACAAAGGGCUCAGCUGUGAUCAGCCAAUAGCUGAAUGUGAGGCCUUACAGUGCCCUGCAAACUCCAGAUGUACUGCCUCAGGUGAGGAUGGAAGACGACUGGAAUGCACAUGUCUGCCCAACUAUCAUGGGGACAGUACACGAUGUGAACCUAUCAACCCAUGCUCCAAAAAGGUCUGCGAUCCGAAUGCUGACUGUGUUUACCUCGGACCAAAUCAGCACAAAUGUACCUGUCAGGAAGGUUACAGAGGGGAUGGUCAGAUCUGCUUGCCUGUAGACCCUUGCCAAGCAGCACAUGGGAACUGCCCGGCACAGUCCACCAUUUGCAUCUAUGACAGUCCAGGAAAGUCCCACUGUGAAUGCAAGGAACAUUAUAGAAACUUUGUACCUGGGAAAGGAUGCAGCAGGAUGGACAUCUGUGAAACAAACAACACCUGCCAUAAAAGAGCUAAAUGCUUAACAGUUGCACCAGGACAGAUUACGUGUACAUGCCAGGGGGGCUCUGUGGGGAAUGGUUUUGUGUGCUAUGGAAACAUCAUGGAGCGCCUCCAAGACCUGAAUGCAGAAGUGGGAGGACGAUGGCAGGGCAAGCUGACAUCCACCCUAUCGCUUCUGGAAAAUACCUAUGAAUGGCCGCUGAGCACUCUGGGACCAUUUACCGUGCUUGUACCAACAAACAAGGGGCUCAAAGGUACAAAUAUAAAGGAUCUUCUGAAUAAUAAACAGAAAGCCCAGUACUUCGCUAAACUCCAUGUUAUUGCUGGUCAACUUAACACAAGUAGCUUGAAUAAUACCAGUGUAAUAUAUACUUUGACUGGCAAGUCAGGAGAGAUAUCAAAGGGAGAAAAGGAUAAUCAAUUAAGAAUAAGAAUCCAAGGAGGAAGGAGGAAAGGGAAACUUCUGCAGGGAAAUAUUAUUGCUUCCAAUGGAAUUUUGCACAUUAUUGACAAAGCCAUGGACAAUGUGGAGCCAACAUUUGAAAGCAGCAAAGAGGAAACCAUUAUGUCAAUACUUCAACAUAAUGGAAGAUACAGCCAAUUUACAUCUUUGAUAGAGAAAACUGGCCUGGGAAUGGAUUUGCAGCAGGACAACAGGCCUUACACAGUCUUUGUUCCAAGUAAUGAGGCUUUGAGUAAUAUGAAAGCUGAGGCUCUGGAUUACCUGCUUUCUGCACAGGGUUCAUGGAAGCUGCUGGAGCUUGUCCGAUACCACAUUGUCUCCAAUACCGAGCUCGAGGUUGCCAGCCUUGUCUCAAUAGAGCACAUCAGAAGCAUGGCAAAGCAGUUCAUUUACUUUAACAGGACCAGCACUGGACAAGUCUUGGUGAGUGGAGAAAAAGUGGAAGAAACAGAUAUUGUUGCAAAAAAUGGUCGUAUUUAUACUCUUGAGGGAGUUCUUAUCCCACCCACAAUUGUUCCAAUUCUACCACAUCGGUGUGAUGAGACAAGAAGUCAAGUCACAAAGCCUUUCUCAAAACGGAGAUGCAUUAUUGAACAUCCAACCUUUCAAAAAAUCGGCUGCGCUAGAGACUGCAAUGUAACAAUAAAGGAACCGAAGUGUUGCAAAGGCUUCUUUGGCCCUGACUGUAGUCCGUGUCCAGGAGGUUUCUCCAAACCCUGCUCAGGAAAUGGACAGUGCAUGGAUGGCCUGGAUGGAAAUGGGACUUGCAUUUGCACUGAGGCUUUUCAGGGCUCGCACUGCCAGUUCUGCUCGGACCCUGGCAAAUAUGGACCUCAGUGUGACAAAGAGUGCCUCUGCAUUUAUGGGAAGUGUGAUAAUCGAAUAGACAGCAAUGGGAUCUGUCUUCCUGGAUCAUGCAGAAUUGGAUACGCAGGGAAACUCUGUGAUAAGCAGAUUGUUCCCUGUGAGCCCUCCCUACAUCUCUGCCAUGCACAUGCAGACUGUCAGAUUAGUGAUGGCGCAGUGAGCUGUGUUUGCAAACCUGGCUAUGAGGGAGAUGGCUUGAGCUGCAGCAAAGUUGAUCCUUGUGCUGCUUUAAACCCUGGUGGCUGCAAUAUCAAUGCCGAGUGCAUUCAGACAGGCCCAGGAGAGCACGUAUGUGUUUGCCAGGCAGGAUGGACAGGCGAUGGAAGGGACUGCUCAGCCAUCAACAACUGCCUGCUACCCAUCACGGCAGGGUGCCACGAAAAUGCCACCUGCAUAUAUGUUGGGCCGGGUCAGAAUGACUGCAAGUGUAAGGAUGGAUUUCAGGGGAAUGGAAUUGAAUGCACAGCCAUAAACUCGUGCCUGGAACAAAAUGGAAAAUGCCAUCAUCUGGCAACUUGUCAGUUUGAGUCUUCUCAUGGCUGGAAGUGUGUGUGUCCAAAGGGCUACGAAGGAGAUGGUACAAUAUGCUAUGGAAAUGCUGCAGAUGAGCUAUCUACUCUGUCAGAAGCAGCUGCAUUUAACCGGUGGGUUAAUGAGGCCAAGAUAAACUCAGUGUUAUCCACUGCCUCUAAUCUAACUGUCCUCGUGCCUUCUCUGCAAGCAAUUGAAAACAUGGAUGAAGAAGAGAAAGCUUUUUGGAUGUCAAAAAGUAACAUUCCAACUCUACUGAAGUAUCAUGUACUGACAGGAGCUUACAGCUUUGCUGAUUUCCAGAAUCUAUCGUCCUCUGACAUGCUGCCAACAUCGCUACAGAGCAAAUUCCUACACUUGUCAAAAGAAAAUGGGAACCUCACCGUGGAGGGCGCUCACAUUGUGGCUGGUGACAUCGCAUCCACAAAUGGGGUCAUACAUGUUAUUGACAAGGUUCUGACCCCCCUCCACAGCUCUGUCAUGCCGAGGCUGCUGGCCCGCCUGGAGCAAAUGCCUGAUUAUUCCAUUUUCAGGGGCUACAUCAUUCAAUACAGCCUGGCAAAUGAAAUAGAAGCAGCAAACAUGUACACAGUCUUUGCCCCAGAUAAUGAUGCCAUAGAAAAUUACCUAAAGGAUAAAAAGUCUGCUACUCUGGAUGAAGGCCAAAUCCGCUAUCAUAUUGUACUGGAUGAGAAGCUCCUGAAGAACAGUCUGCACAAUGGCAUGCACAGGGAGACCAUGCUAGGGUUCUCCUACCAGGUUGGGUUCUUCCUCCACGACAGUCAGCUGUUCAUAAAUGAUGCACCUAUACGCUAUACAAAUAUUGCAACAGACAAAGGAAUUAUUCAUGGACUGGGAAAGGUCCUGGAAAUCCAGAAGAACAGAUGUGAUAUCAACGAUACCAUGAUCACUGAAAAAUGCAGAAUUUGUUCACACCCAUCAAGUUGUCCCCCAGGAACAAAAGAAAUAGCAGGGGAGAGGAAAUACUGUGUCCUCACAGAAAACCACAUGAGAAUGUACACCAUCCAGAUCGGGUGCAAGCCAAAGUGUGCUAAAACCAUCAUUACAAGGGAGUGCUGCGCAGGUUUCUUCGGGCAGCAGUGCCAGCCCUGCCCAGGAAAAGCAGGGAACGCCUGCUUCGGAAACGGCGUCUGCCUGGAUGGCAUCAAUGGCACAGGCACCUGCCAGUGUGAAGAGGGGUUUGUCGGUACAGCCUGUGAAAGCUGCAUUGAAGGCAAAUACGGCCACAACUGUGAUCAAGCAUGCACUUGUGUCCAUGGGAAAUGCAGCAGUGGGAUCGACGGGGAUGGCUCCUGUGAAUGUGAUGUUGGCUGGAGAGGGGUGAUGUGUGAGACUGAAAUCAAAGACGACGCAUGUAACUCUUCAUGCCAUACCAGUGCUAAUUGCCUUCUCCUAUCAAAUGGCACUGCCUAUUGCAAGUGUGCAGCUGGGUUUGAGGGGAACGGGACGUUCUGCACAGCUAUCAAUGCCUGUGAGACCAGCCAUGGUGGCUGUUCUGCCAAGGCAGAGUGCAGGAGAACAACGCCGGGCAACAGAGUCUGCGUCUGCAACGCUGGGUACACGGGAGACGGAAUAGUCUGCAUCGAAAUCAACCCUUGUCUGGAGAACAACGGUGGAUGUGAUAGAAAUGCAGAAUGCACACAGAUUGGACCCAAUCAAGCAGUAUGUAAUUGCCUAAAGGGAUAUUCUGGAGAUGGUAAAAGAUGCACAUAUAUCAGUCUGUGUUCACAAAAUAAUGGAGGCUGCAGUGAAUUCGCCAUCUGUAAUGACACUGAGCUGACAGAAAGGACCUGCACCUGCAAACCUAACUACAUUGGGGAUGGAUUUAUGUGCCGAGGCAAUAUCUUCCAGGAACUUCUCAGGAACUCCAAUACAUCUAAGUUUUAUUUCCAUUUAGAGGCUUUGUCAAUCAAAGAUAUUGCAGGCCCUGGCCCUUUCACUCUGUUUGUACCUCGCACAGACAUACUGAACACCGACCCACGAGUCAAGGACUGGAUUGCCAAAGGAGUGAUGGCUCAAGUCCUUCGGUACCAUAUGGUGGGUUGUGCCAAUCUGUUGUACAACGACCUGACAAGAAUCACAAACGUCACCUCUCUCCAAGGUGACCUGAUACAUAUCAGCUACUCUCAGGACUCACUGGUUUUGAACGACAAAGCUGAAAUCAUAGUCAGUGAUGCUGUUGGUACAAAUGGUGUGAUCCAUGUCAUCAACCAAAUUCUGGUCCCAUCACAUAUGCAGGAUUUUCCCCUCAAGAAGGAAAGCCUUAAAAUGGUUGCAGCCAAACAUGGAUACAUCCUGUUCAGCAGUUUGCUAGAGAAAAACAACCUGCUUGGGCUGAUCUCCGACCCUAUUCACAAACCCGUCACACUCUUCUGGCCCACAGACACAGCUAUCCGUGGGCUCCCACAGGAGCAGCAGGACUUCCUCUUCAAGAAGUCCAACAUUGACAAACUGGUGCAGUACCUCAAAUUCCACAUUGUCCGUGAUGCUGCGGUGUUGGCUUACCAGCUCCCCAGCUCUACCUCACUGAAGACCCUACAAGGCUCCAACCUCAGUGUCAGUUGUGGGGAUAAUGGGGACAUUGGUGCCCUUUUCCUGAAUGACAGACAGUGCAAAAUAGUGCAGCGGCAGCUGGAGUUUGAUGGGGGCAUCGCCUACGGUAUCAACUGCCUGCUGAUGGAACCCAGCCUGGGGGGACGCUGCGACAGCUUCUUCACUGUGGAUUUCAUGGGGCAUUGUGUUAGCUGUUUCAGUAACUCCAAAUGCCCUCCAGGGACAAAACCAAAGGAAGGAAUCAGCUGGUGCACAUAUGAGUCCUAUGGGCUGCGGAGGGAUGGUUGCCGUCGGAACUGCUCCAUGGUGAUCCACACAGCCAAGUGUUGCAAGGGCUACUUUGGACCAGACUGCCAAGCUUGCCCUGGUGGCUCAGAGACCCCAUGCAAUAACCACGGCCUCUGCAAUGACGGGUACACAGGGACAGGAGAGUGCCACUGCAACAGGGGCUUCAACGGGACUUCAUGUGAGCUGUGUUUGCCAGGCAGAUACGGCUUCAACUGCAGACCCUGCGAAUGCAAGAACAAUGGGCAGUGUGAUGAAGGAUAUUCAGGAACAGGACGAUGUUUCUGUGAAACAGGAUGGACUGGCCGGCUGUGUGAAACCAAGCUAGCUCUGCCACCUGUGUGUUCCCCCAGCUGCUCCCCCAACGCUGUCUGCACAGAGAACAAGACGUGCCAGUGCAAGCCGCUGUAUGACGGGGAUGGGAUCACGUGCACAGCUGCAGAACUUUGCAAACAAAACAAUGGUGGGUGCCACAAGGCGGCUGAAUGCACACAAAUUGGGGUGAAAGUCUUCUGCAACUGCAAGAAAGGAUACAAGGGAGAUGGAUUUACAUGCCUUCCAAUAAACCCUUGUGCUGAUGGGUUCAAUGGAGGCUGCCAUGAGCAUGCCAUUUGCACUGUCACAGGACCUGAUAAACGUAAGUGUGAAUGUAAAAAUAACUACAUUGGUGAUGGGCUGAACUGCACCGUGAUGCAGCUUCCUCUUGACCGCUGCUUGCAAGACAAUGGGCAGUGCCACCCCGAUGCUGACUGUGCCGACCUCCAUUUCCAAGAUACCACAGUUGGGGUUUUCCAUUUGCGGUCCCCACAAGGGCAGUACAAAAUGACUUAUGAGAAGGCAAAGGAGGCCUGUGCCAACGAGUCAGCCACCAUCGCUACAUAUACCCAGCUGCUGUACGCGCAGAAGGCAAGGUACCACCUGUGCUCUGCUGGCUGGCUAGAUGGGGCAAGAGUGGGCUACCCGACCGGCUUCUCCUCUCCAAACUGUGGCUCUGGGUACGUCGGCAUCGUGGACUAUGGGAAAAGAGUCAAUCUGAGUGAAACCUGGGAUGUUUUCUGCUACAGGGAGAAAGAGGUGAACUGCACCUGCAAGCCAGGCUACGUGGGGGACGGCUUCUCCUGCAGUGGGAAUUUGCUGCAAGUGCUGAUGUCCUUCCCAACGCUGACAAACUUCCUGUCGGACAUCAUGGCUUACUCCAACAGCUCUAGAAAGGGGAGAGAGUUCCUCCAGUACCUCACAGACCUGUCAGUGCAUGCCACUCUCUUUGCUCCAAAUGACAGUGGGUUAAAGGAAAAUGAGACACUUUCAGGGAGAGACAUCGAGUAUCAUUUAUCUAAUGCCAGGAUAGUGUUUUACGAGGACCUGACCAAUGGAACCACUCUUCUAACUCAUCUAGGGAAAAAACUUCUCGUUACAAACACCAGGGGCCGGGAACAUCAAGCCCCCACUGCUGAACAGAGCGAGAUCCGAUAUGUGGACAGAAGCAUUAUCGUUGAGUGGGAUAUAAUUGCCUCCAAUGGAAUAAUCCACAUCAUUUCAGAACCUCUAAAGGCUCCACCAGAACCUGUUCCUCUCCACGCCAGUACCGGGACAGGAAUAUUCUUUGGCAUCUGUCUAGUAGCUGGAAUUGUGGCUCUUAUCGGAUAUUCUUACCUCAGGUUCAGGAAGAGAAACACGAGCUUCCAGCACUUCAAGUCAAAAGAUGACACUGACUCAUCAUCACUGGACAAGUCACAGCCUUCAAAUAUCACCAACCCCUCAUAUGAAAGUUCUUCUGCACUAAGUCCACCAGAACCUACUUAUGAUCUUUUCUCAGAUUCAGAUGACCAACAGCUUGUGAUGAGUGGUCCUCAUGAUCAGAAUUAAAGACUGAAUUUGGCAUUAGUCAGUUAUUAAACACAUUUCUAUUUACAAUUACUGUGAAGAAAACCAGCACCUACACAUUACAGGGAAUAAAAUCUUGUUACAAAUUAAAAACCAAAAAAGCACGGCUUUAAGAUUCAGUCUAUAUAACUCACAGAGUUACCAACCUCAGACAUGUUGGCUGUAUCUGAGCAGUACCAACUAUGAGUGCUAGAUGCAAGACUGAGUCUCAACAAACCUAACCAGAAGCAAACAGACUCCUCUCUGGGAAAAGUAGAUAACUUUCACUAGCCUGCUUUUUAACUGCUUUUAUUCCUCUUCACAGACUUUAAAACGGCCGCAAACACACCGGGCUGCUAACUUGGCAAAUAUCCUAUAUUUCUUAGUUCUCUAGGUCUGUGCUUUCAUUUGGCACAGUUACAAGCAUGAAAUGCAAUAUGUGUUAAACAUCUAUUUUUAAACUGAGGGGAUUUUUUUGCUAGUGUACUUUCAGGUAAGAUAUUCAGCAGUAGGAAACACAACCACCCCGUCUGCCCCACUUGCCUCUGUCUUUCCUUGAAUUUGGCUGUUUUGUUUACAUCUCAUCUCACUGUACAAAGGGAAGUAGUCAUUGAGGCAUCUGUAGCGAGACAUGCAGGUGAUGUGAGAGCAUUUAAAUGCCAAUCAAUCUUUACCUGACCCAUUUUUGUGACAGACAACGAAUAUGAACAUCCCCUUACCAUGCAAUGCCCAUAUUCAGUUUUUCAGGUCCGGGAGGAACAGAAGCUGGUUCUUCACAAACUGUUUUUUAUAAAGCACAGCAGUAACAGCUGUGAAUGGCACCACACUAUUGGGAGUGAAUCAAAUAAGUUUCCUUCAACCAAAAUAUUCAUAUCAUAGUGAUACAGUGGGAACACAAAAGAAACCACAAAAUAGCAAGCAAAGGAAGAUCUUCUUGCUGGUAGCAGUAACGUCCCCCUAAUGGCUGGGGGGCAUUAGGUGGUGUCACCCCAGGAUGCCUACUGUCAAAACAAGAUAAGCAGGCAAACCCAGGGUUGUCGAUGCAGCUUUCAAGCACAAAGGGAAUCUAAUGUGUAAAUACACCUGGAUGAAACAGACAGACUGAAGUAAUUCCCCAAACUUCUUCCCCUGCACCUCUACAUAUGCCUGCUUUCUUUUUUUUACCUAUAUUAGAAAGUUUAGAACACAAACACAGUUAAAACACAUACUUAUGUAUCUAGGAGUUUUCCCCCAGAAUUUUGCAACUAAUACAGAUCAUGUUCUUUCCUUCUCCCCAGUCACCCAAAAUAUUAAGGCUCAGAGAGACCAGAAGAUAAAGUCCAAACAUUUAUUUUUGUAAUAAUCAUUAAAUAUUUUUAUCACAAAAAAAAGCCCCACAGUUCAUAAAAUUCUUUCUUUUACUGACAGACUAUUCACCUCUGUGUUUUUGAUAGAACAGAAAAAAAAUUUCUUCUUGCUUUGGUGAUCAAAUGAACUACACUCUCAAAAUUAAUAUAAAGAAACACUGCCUUUUAAACAUGCUCAAAAAUCUCUUUGAAGUCAGUAGCAUAACAAGGUUAAAAUAAGUAACACAGAGAGUGCCAAGGUGAAAUCAUUAAAAAAAGCAAGAUAU